AGCGACAAGACAUGGCUUGACUAUCCCGACCUUCCAACGCCCGAGGAGAUCAUGAGUCGCGAUCCCACUUUGCCCCUCGAGAACCACCCCAACACAGCCUACGCCACGCAUAAGGCUUACUUCGAGGUCCAGUGGCGCCUCCUCCGCCACGAGGGUAUUGAACCCCUCCGACGCGCCGUGCAAGAGUUCCGCGAGAACCCGACUAUGAACGACACCGUCGAGACGUACAUAUACGACGAAGUCCGCUGUUGCAGCAUAAACGUCAUCCGUCUCGGCGUUUUCGGCCGUUUCAAGUUCUCCAUGUUCCGUUCCGCCGGGUUCAUCGACUGGACCAGGACGGAGCGCCUUAUCCCGGGGUGCUGCGUCGCCCUAAGCCCUGCCGAUGACAUGUUCGACAGCUCGUGUUUCCCUGCCAUCGUCGUCGGCAGGAAUUGUUCCGAUCCCACUGGGAGGAUGACGCCCGUCAUUGACCUCGAGUUUGAGGACGCGGAAACGUUGGCCAGGGUCGCCAACCCCAAUCUCGACCUCGUCAUGGUUGAGGCCCGUUCCAACUACUACGAGGCCGUACGUCAUGUCAUGGUCGGCUUAAAGCAAGCCGCUGGUGAGUCAUCCCCACUGAUAAAGUACCUCACCGAUGAUAGCACUGAGGUCGGGCUCCCGGCAACCAUCUCGAGUUCGUCUAGAAUCGACGUCUCGCCGCUGGUCAGCGCCGGGCAAAAGGUUUCCAUACCUGCCCGCGGCGAACUUUCCAAGGACUUGUCGUACGUAACCGGCCUCGACGAUUCCCAGCUGAUCGCUUUACAAAGAAUGCUCGCAACGGAUCUCGCCGUCGUGCAAGGCCCCCCCGGGACAGGCAAAACCUUCACGUCCAUAGCAGCGCUCAAGGUCCUCCUGGACAUACAGACGAGACAAGAUCCCCCUAUCAUCGUCACUGCCCAGAAGAACGACACGGUAGAUGACAUUCUGUCUCGGCUCAUCAAGAGUGGCAUCAAGGUGGCGCGGCUUGGCGGCCAGUCGAAGGAUGAUGAGAUCGGACAGUCUAGUCUAUUAGCACUCCGCAACAAAGUCUUCAAAUUAACAAAGAACCAGUUGAUACGGCAGCUCGACAACAAGCGCGCUCAGCUGAGGAUGUGCAUGGCUCAAUGCUUCCCGUCCGAGAAACCCUGGCUUCCCGGCGGGCGUUACGGAAACAAGCGCAUAGGCUACGAUUUCCUGGAAGAGACAAACGCCAGCCAUAUCAGAAGAACCAAGAUAACUUACCGGGGCGUCGGACUUUCCCGUGGGGCCCAAGUGCAUCAUCGGCGCGAGAUGGAUCAUGAAGCGGCCAGGCGGAUGGCUGAAGCGGAGCUGAUGGCGCAUGCCGACCUGUGGGACAUAGCGUCUCACAAACGAUCCCACGUGUACGAAUACCUCGUGGAGAAGCUGGUCUCGGCGACGCAAUCGCAAAUUCGAGAAGUGAUCAAUGCGAUCAAGCUGCUUAUCAGAGAGCUCAAAUUAGAGCGAUUAAUCGAAGACUUCACCACCAUCAGGUGUCUCGGGCCGCGAGUCGUCGGCUGCACGACGACGGGUCUCACCAAGUAUCGGGGGCUCCUGGCGGCGCUUGGGCCUCGGGUGAUGAUCGUCGAGGAGGCAGCGGAAUCGCGGGAGGCCAAUAUCGCGGCUGGGCUGUUUCCGUCUCUCCAGCAGUUGAUUCUUGUCGGCGAUCACUUGCAGUUGAAGCCGCACGCCGACGUGCGAGAACUCGGCCUGCCUGCUUUCAACCUCAACGUCUCCCUCUUCCAGCGGCUCGUCGAAAGGGGUGUCGACUAUUCGACCCUGCUGGUGCAACGACGCAUGGCCCCCUCCAUUCGCAAGGUGCUGGACGUCUGGUACCCCGGUCUACAGGACCAUUCACGCGUGCAUCAGCUGCCGUCGGUACCAGGCAUGGGCGAGGCCCGGGCCAUCUGGCUUGAUCACCAGGAAGCGGACAGCAUGAACCGAGAUGUUUCGAGGUUGAACAAGUACGAGGCGACGUUGAUCGUGGUAUUCGCGCACUAUCUCGUACUGAACGGCACCGAGCCCAGCAAAAUUACCGUGCUGUCCUUUUACUCCGGGCAGAAGAUGCUGAUUCAGAAUAUCAUGAGCGAACUCCCGGGACUAGCCGAUAAGGGCGUCGAGGUCCAGACAGUGGACGGGUACCAGGGCAAGGAGAAUGAUGUAAUUCUCCUGUCGGUAACGAGAAGCUCGCGGGAUCGUCAGAAUCCCAGUGUCGGCUUUCUUGGCAUGCUCAACAGAGUCAUCGUCGCCCUGAGUAGGGCGAGGCUGUUGAACGUGGUUUUCGGCAACAUGGCCCAUCUGCUCAGCUCAGCUAGGGCGGAGAACAUCUGGGCAAAGGUGGAAGAAGGGAUGAGAGGGGUGCGCAGCACGUUCCUGCCGAUGGUAUGCGUUUCUCACAACAGAGAGUUCGCCUUGCACGGCGGUCCUAUGACCUGCGAGGCAGCUUCCACGAUAGGCUGUGGCGAGGCUUGCGGAAUGGUGCUAUCGUGUGGCCAUGCCUGCAGUAUCAAGUGUCAC